AUGCUCUUGAACUCCCAGAUCCCUGAUGGCUUUCGUCGUGACGCCUUCCUGUACGUGGAUGAGGAGGCGUUCGGCUCCCGCGAGACGGUGAGGCCGUAUGUCUGGUUAGCUGAGCCUGAGCCUGAGCUCCAACAUGAGGCUGGGACCGGAGUUCAACCACCGCUAAAGGUUGACAUCAAACAUAUCCCAACACUAUUUGCGCGCCUGGUCCAGCGCGAUCUCCAGGGUGAGGCAAAGCGCAAGCCCUAUCGGUAUACAUCGGAGCUAAGCCAGUUGCAUCAUGCGGCCACGGUUGCGUAUAGAAAGUGGGAAGGCGGGAAGGGGAUGGGAUCUAGCCGCCGCCUUUUCGAAUGCAGUAAUCGCAAGUACGUACCUGAUACUAGGUAG